AUGUCUUUCCUGGCCAUGCUAGGUCCAAGCCCAGACUGGAACGUUGGACUCUCUGCAGAGGAUCUCUGUACAAAGGAAUGUGGCUGGGUCCAGAGGGUAGUCCAAGAUCUUAUCCCCUGGGAUGCUGGCACUGAUAGUGGGGUCACAUAUGAGUCACCCAACAAACCUACAAUACCCCAAGACAAAAUCAGACCCCUGACCAGCUUGGACCACCCGCAGAGCCCGUUCUAUGAUCCAGAAGGAGGUCCCAUUGUCCCAGUUGCCAGAGUCAUUAUUGAAAGGAUUGCUAGAAAAGGAGAGCAGUGCAAUAUUGUCCCGGACAACGUAGAUGACAUUGUGGCUGAUCUGGUCGCAGAAGAAAAGGAAGAAGAUGACACACCUGAGACGUGCAUCUAUUCAAACUGGUCUCCUUGGUCGGCCUGUAGUUCUGCCACCUGUGAGAAAGGAAAACGAAUGAGGCAGCGCAUGCUGAAAGCCCAGCUAGAUCUCAGCGUUGCCUGUCCAGACACACAGGACUUUGAGCCAUGCAUGGGACCAGGAUGCAGCGAUGAUGAUGGUUCAACAUGCAUGAUGUCAGAAUGGAUCAUGUGGUCACCCUGCAGUGCCUCUUGCGGAAUGGGAAUGCGAUCUAGAGAAAGAUACGUAAAGCAAUUCCCGGAUGAUGGCUCUAUGUGCAAAGUGCCAACAGAAGAAACUGAGAAGUGUAUUGUCAAUGAGGAGUGUGAGCCAAGCAGCUGUAUAGUAACAGAAUGGGGUGAGUGGGAGGAAUGCAGCGCCACCUGUGGGAUGGGUAUGAAAAAGCGACACAGGAUGAUUAAGAUGACUCCAGCGGAUGGGUCCAUGUGCAAGGCCGAGACCUCAGAGGUGGAGAAAUGCAUGAUGCCUGAGUGCCAUACAAUCCCAUGUGUCCUCUCACCAUGGUCGGAAUGGAGCGACUGUAGCGUGACCUGUGGCAAAGGAACCCGUACACGACAACGGAUGUUGAAGUCACCAGCUGAACUUGGGGACUGUAAUGAGGAGCUGAAGCAAGUGGAGAAGUGCAUGCUUCCAGAGUGCCCCAUAAACUGUGAACUGACAGAGUGGUCCCAUUGGUCGGAAUGUAAUAAGUCAUGUGGAAAGGGUCACAUGAUUAGAACACGAAUGAUCACCUUGGAACCUCAGUUUGGUGGCGGCCUCUGUCCGGAAACUGUGCAACGCAAAAAGUGCAGGAUCAGAAAAUGCCAGAAAAAUUCUGGGGGAGAGAAGAGGCGCCUGAAGGAUGCUCGUGAGAAGAGGAGGAGUGAAAGGACCAACGAGGAGGCGGAUGGUGAGCAGUUCCCAGUUUGCAAAAUGAAGCCAUGGACAGCGUGGACAGACUGCAGCAAGUAUUGUGGGGGCGGCAUUCAGGAAAGGUUCAUGACCGUCAAGAAAAGGUUCAAAAGUUCUCAGUUCACAAGCUGCAAAGACAAGAAGGAGAUACGAGCUUGCAACGUCCAUCCAUGUUAG